UUUAACUUUCAAGAUUUAAUUUUUGGAAGACUCAAAACAAAAAAGAAAAUAAAAUACUAUUGUAUUUUUCAAAGUGUUCUCUGUAUGUAUAUAGCUAGUAUAGUGGAGUAUAAAUUAUUUUUAUUUAUAUUUCUGAUUUUCCCUAUUCUAUUACAUAGAUUUUUGUACCACUAUAGUCCAUUUUUUAUCUCACUAUUUUAUACUUAAACUUUCUGUGAGAAUAAAAAUAUUACUAAUAAUAAUACUCUAAUUAAUGUUUAACUAAAUAUGCAAACUCGGAGUACAUAAUUUUUUUACUAUUAUUCACUCUUAUUUAUUCAACUCGUGCGCUACCAGUUCAAAUCCCUGCUAUAGGUUUUCAGAGAUUCAAUAAACUUUUGAUUCCUCAAAAAAUGCAGAUUUCCGAAAACAGGAAUGAAUCGACUGAUAAGCUCAGGGAAGCUGAUCAGCACGUAUUGAAUUUCUUAGAUUCCAUGGAUACUUAUCUAAAUCUUAUGGAUUCCUUAUCAUCAACUCUUCGUCAGGGAUGGCUGGAGCUAGCCAGUGCUCGACAUUCAAUGGGUGCUGCUCGUGUUAGCUGCACCUUGUUUGACCUCAAAUCUCAUCGUGCUUCAACUACACUAGAAGUAGACAAUGUUGACUCCAAUGUAGAGCCACCGCACUUCAAAUUGUGCAAAUGGGUGGCCUUGGAUGAUUCUGAAAUGAAUAAUGGGGAAGCCAAAUGUAAGGAUGAUGAACUGUCACCGGCCAAGGCUGAAACCCCACUAGCUCUGGAUGAGGUACCUCAAGCUAGACGGGCUGAAAGUGGUGAAUCCCCGGUUUCUCCUGAUGAUCACCAGGUCCAACAGGCAAGAUCUAGAUCACUUUCAAUGUUUGGGACGCUGGUCUCUCCCAAGCUUCGUGCAACCCAGACGUCAUUUGAGAGAGCUAUGGAGAUGCUGGUGGAGAUAUCAAAUGCACGAGCUUCUUUGCUGCAUGCUCACAAUCAAGUGCAGAAAGAUGUGAAGGCUGCCAAAUAGUUGUGGCUAGCUUCUAGGAGUAUUUGUUUACUACUAUAAUCCCCCCAUCUAGUAUAGUCCAAGAUUAUUGAUCAUUCAUACAUACAGGGAGAUUUAGAUAUUCACACAAUCCUACUUUACGCCAUUCACUCCACCCAACAUUACCUCAGAUCUGUAAUUUAGCAAGAAUGAGAUCCCUUCAACGAGCAGCAAAUAAUGGAUAGCAUAUAAAGAACAUGCUCAUUUGCUUCGAGGUGGUUCAAAAGUUACUAUGUUGUGAGGUAACAUAACUUUAUUUUUUAAACUCUUUUGUUCAGAGUGAUAUCUGUUGAACAAGAUGAUUACUAUAAAGUAUGGUAAAAGCACAAAUUUAUACAAAA